GAAAACUGCACUCCGGUUCCAAUCCAGAGCGGCUGCUGCUGCUGGGAGCAACAGGAAAAUUUAAGGACUGGCGCAAAUCUUAAAGGAAAGCUCCACAAGGGCAGAGAACUCCUCGCAUGGAAGUCAUGCAAGAGAACCACGAGGGGGCCACCAUUCUGGGACAGGAUUCCCAACCGUGCAUCUUUCGCGCUGAAAGAGCAGAUAGUGACUCUCUCAGCAAGGUAAAGACUUUUCACACAGAGAAUUCCCCAGAAUUGAAAUCCCUUGAUGUGUUCGUAAGAGACAAAGAGAGCCCUUCCGAGGGUGCUGUGGAGGGAGGGCCCUUUCAUUCUCAGCAGAGGCUAGAGACACAAAAGAGAAGCCACCCGUCUGAGAGAGAAGAAAAUUCUGUUCCUUGCUGGGGAGACGUUGAAGGCCUUAAUGAAUCUACAGUCCAACAGACAAUUCCCACAGGCGAGAUCCAAGAGAAGUGGGCUGAGAGCAGCGAAGGCCGGGGCUGGAGGCCGGACUUUGUGAUAAGCAGGAGAAACCCUAAAAAAUGGGACAAGCCAUAUAAAUGCUCCGAGUGUGGCAAAAGUUUCAGUGUAAGCUCAGAUAUUAUCCGUCAUCAGAGAAUCCAUACAGGAGAGAAGCCGUACAAAUGCCUGACAUGUGGAAAAGGCUUCAAUCAGAACUCCCACCUCACUGCACAUCAGAGAACCCACACAGGUGAGAAACCAUACAAAUGUUGGGAGUGUGGGAAAAGCUUCAGCCUGAGCUCAGACUUCACCAGACACCAGAGAAUCCACACAGGGGCAAAACCAUACAAAUGCUCUGAAUGUGGGAAGGGCUUCAUUCAGAAAUCACACUACAUUACACACACAAGGAGCCACACAGGGGAAAACCCGUAUAAAUGCCCUGAGUGUGGUAGAGGCUUCACGUCCAGCACACUGCUAAUCAGGCACCAGAGAAUCCACACAGGGGAGAAACCGUUCAAAUGCUCAUACUGUGAAAAAAGGUUCUGCGCCAGCUCGAACCUUGUAACGCACAUGCGAACACAUACUGGGGAAAAGCCAUUUAAAUGCUUGGAAUGCGGGAAGAGCUUCAGUCAGAAAUCCACCCUGAUUGCACAUGAGAGAACGCAUACAGGCGAGAAACCUUACAAAUGCUGGUGUGGGAAAAUGUUUAGCAAGAGCUCAGACCUCCUUGCUCACGAGAGAACCCACACAGGAGAGAAACCUUACGUCUGCCCGAGCUGUGGCAAAAACUUCCGGAUGAGCUCCCACCUGAUAAGGCACCAGCGGAUUCACACAGGAGAGAAACCGUACAAGUGUUCUGAAUGCGGGAGGAGCUUCAGUGCCAGUUCGCACCUUAUAAGACAUCAGAAGAUCCACCUUGGGGCAAACUGACGAACAAUUAAAUGCGUGACUCCGGCAACAACAAAAACCCCACUGCUACCACAAGACAGGGUGCAAUUUCUUGGAGCUGGGUUUAUUGAAACCAAUAGGGCUCACUUCUAAGUUAGCUUUUUUGGAUUGCUUUGUCAGGGUAUACUGGGUUAGAGUCCCUUGCUUUAAUUCUGGGUUGGUUUCCAUAAGGUGCGAAGGUUAUGUGGAGUGCGAGAACAGCUUCAAUCAGAAAUCUAUUCCGAUUGUGGUCAAGGGACAGAAAAUAUGCAAAGACAAGUCAUCCUGUGUCAGGCCACCUCCUACUCCCUCCCCACCAUACACACCACCCUGUAUCUGGUUGAUCUCUUCCUAAAAUGACUCCAGAGCUGUUUCCUAGAUGGCUCUUCUACAUGUAUAGCUUUUGUUAAAACGAAGGGUUUGUAGAGCAGUUUUGGUAGGGUGGCUCAAGAUGGCACCUUUGUGGAGUAGCCACUCCAGGAAGCCUACAUGGAAUGCUCUAUGUCCACUUAUGCCAUACUGGGGGAGAGGGGGUCCAUAGCUCCUCACAGCUUCUCCCCACAGGUAACUUUUUUUUAAACACAAAAAUAUACCACAUGAAUGGCACUAAGUGGCCCCUUUGUAUCAGGAAAGGGCCAUAGUUCAGUGGUAGAGCAUCUGCUUUGCGUGAAGAAGGUCUCUGGUUCAAUCUCUGGGAUCUGCAGAUAGGGCUGAGAGAGAACCCUACUCUGAAAUCCUGGAGAGCUGCUGCCAGCCAGUGCAGACAACAAUGAGCUAGAUGAACCAAUGGGCGUAAGGCAGCUUUCUACCUUCCUUAUGGUAAGGCCACACCUUUUCUUAAUUGAAAGCAUUGUCUAUAGGUGAAGGCAAGAAUUUUGACAGUAUCCACAUUUCUCAAGAGCUUUAAAGCAUCGAUGUUCUUCCUCAGGCAAAGGAAAAUAUAGAAAAAUGGACCAACUCUAAUGGCUGGUUGUGUUCAGUCACCUUCCAGUUUACUCCAGAGUAACAAAGAAUUUUACGGUUGGAGGUAACCCUGGAGGUCAUCUAGUCCAGCCUGCCCCAACCUGGUAAUCCUUCAGAUGUUGAUGGGACUCUUAACUUCCGUCAGCCCCAGUCAGUAUGGCCAAUGCUCAGAGAGGAUGGGCAUUGGAGUCCAGCAGCAUCUGGAGGGUUACAGGUUGGAGAAGGCUGAUCAAUUACCAUACCCUGCUCGAUGCAGGGAUCUAAAUAAGCUCUUUCUCCCUGUGCCAGGGUGGAAAUCUAAUUCAGUUUUCCAGAAUGCAAACAGGGCCACUCCCUGUUUUGAGGAAGCAGUCGCUUUCUUUACAUUCAAAAAGAACUGUAUGCAGUUUACAAAGGUAAACUAUUGAAAUGGCUCAUUUACUGUCCAAUAAAUAGUGUGAUCAUUCCCUUCUGAGAUCAGACCAAAGGCCCAUCUAGUCCAGCAUCCUGUUUCCUGCAGGAGCCAAUCAGAUGCAACUUGGAAAGUCCACAAGCAGGACAAAGGUACACAACAUCAUCAAUAGAUCUCUCUUCUGCUCACUUGUGUAGACCAGUUUGAAAGCCCUCUAAGGCAGGGAUAAGGAACCUGACGAUGUUCCUGGACUUCACCUCCGAUCAUUCCUGACUGUUGGCCAUGCUGACCAGGGCUAUUGGGAACUGCAGUCCACAACACCUAGAAAGUACCUGGCAGGGAUGGACAAAUCCGUCAGUUUUCGGUUCUUUCCAUUUCUAAUUUUUCCAAUC